AUGAUAGUUUGGUUUACAUCGACAUUACAAAACUAUAUGCAAGAGAAGAUGGAGCUUCAAGAAGGUGACAUGUCCAAGUCUUUAGUUUCCUUGACUUCGGAAGCUGCUUCUAUCCCUACACCCAAGCUAAAGAAUGUCAGUCGACUACGAACAGAGCACCAAGUGUAUGAACUACCAGAUUCACAUCCACUCUUAAAAGGGAUGGACAGACGGGAACCAGAUGAUCCAAGCCCUUACCUUCUUGCUAUAUGGACACCAGGUGAGACUGCAAAUUCAAUUCAACCACCAGAAAGCAGGUGUGGCUCCCAAGACCAACACAAAUUGUGCAAUGAGAAGACAUGUUUUUCAUGUAAUAGUAUAAGAGAAGAAAAUUCACAAACAGUCAGAGGGACGAUUUUGAUACCUUGUAGAACAGCAAUGAGAGGGAGCUUUCCACUCAACGGCACAUAUUUUCAAGUUAAUGAGAUGUUCGCGGAUCAUGAGUCUAGUCACAACCCAAUAGAUGUUCCAAGGGGGUGGAUAUGGAAUUUGCCAAGACGGACCGUAUACUUUGGAACUUCUGUAUCGACAAUAUUCAGAGGUCUAUCAACAGAGGGAAUUCAAUACUGCUUUUGGAGAGGAUAUGUGUGUGUGAGAGGAUUUGAAAGAAAAACAAGAGCACCACGACCCUUAAUGCCCAGAUUGCAUUUUCCUGCAAGUAAGUUGACCAGGACAAAAAAUGAAGGGAAGAAACAGCAUUGAUCAUGGUGCAAAGAAGAUUUUCAUCACACGACUGACUGUGAGAAGAACAAUGACUAACAAAUUCUAUUGCAUUCAAUUAUUUUUCCUCUAGAUGAGCAUUGACUAUAUGACAGGCAGGCAGCUGAUAGCAAAGUAUCAUGCACAAUAUGUGAGAUCUCAUGAUCAGUUGAUUGUAGCCUGUAUGUACAUUAGUAUUUUUCAAUAAAUGCCCAAAAAAAAGCAAUC